AUGCAGGAGGGUCGCUUGAGCCGUGGAGGUGGAGGCUGCCGUAAGCCACGGUCACACCACUGCACUCCAGCCUGGGCGACAGAGCAAGACCCUGUCUAAAAAAAUAAAUAAAAUAGUAAAAAGGCUAAGCUUGUACCACAGAGUCUUCAAGAUCCCAGACCCUAUCUAUCUCAUGCUCCGUCAUAUACAGCGCUGGCCCUCGGGUCAGGGUGGUGUCAUCACUCCACUGCCCAGCCAGAGGGAAGGACAGGCAUCCAUAUCCCGGGUCCAUUUAGCUGUAAGAGAAGCUGGAAAAUGGCCGAGUCAGGCUCGUGUCCAGUUAGACCUAACUCAUCAGGGUGCGCAGCUCCAGUCCUCUCUUUCGGCAAGGAGAAAGCAUUCGUAUCACUUCUUGCUUCUCAAGCCCUACUGUUUCAGCGAUUCUCAUUGGAGAAGAAUCAGCAGUCGAAAAAACAGCGGGCCAAGCGCAGUCGUGACGUGGCGUUCAGAGAGCGGAAGUUGUCAGAUUUCACCGGGCCGUAAAGCGCGCUGGCUGUGUCAUCUUCCGGUUAGCGACAACGGCUCUGACCGUUCGGCAGUCCGCGUGGCACCCGCGCUGGCCUUCCUGCAGGGGGACUCUACCGGAGCUUUGCCAAUUCCGUUUGUUUCCCUGUUGUCGCCCGCUUCACCCUGGAUCAUGUUCAAGAAGUUUGAUGAAAAGGAAAGUGUGUCCAACUGCAUCCAGUUGAAAACGUCAGUUAUUAAGGGCAUUAAGAGCCAACUGGUAGAGCAAUUUCCAGGUAUUGAACCAUGGCUUAAUCAAAUCAUGCCUAAGAAAGAUCCUGUCAAAAUAGUCCGAUGCCACGAACAUACAGAAAUCCUUACCGUAAGUGGAGAAUUACUGUUUUUUAGACAAAGAAAGGGGCCUUUUUGUCCAACUCUGAGAUUGCUUCACAAAUACCCUUUUAUCCUGCCACACCAGCAGGUUGAUAAAGGAGCUAUCAAAUUUGUACUCAGCGGCGCAAAUAUUAUGUGUCCAGGUUUAACUUCUCCUGGAGCUAAGCUGUACCCUGCUGCGGUAGAUACCAUUGUAGCAGUCACAGCAGAAGGAAAACAGCAUGCUCUGUGUGUUGGGGUCAUGAAGAUGUCUGCAGAAGAUAUUGAGAAAGUCAACAAAGGAAUUGGCAUUGAAAACAUCCAUUAUUUAAAUGAUGGGCUGUGGCACAUGAAGACAUAUAAAUGAGCCUCAGAAGGAAUGCAUUUGAGGGGCUAAAUGUAGAUAUUGAUUGUGUCGUACGUGUGUUUGUGUCUGUAUGUGACAGCGUGAAGGCAAUGCCUCUGUGGUUAUGCUAAAUAAGUUUAGCAGAUACUUUAUAGAAAACAAAUCAGGGUGCUCUUACCACAGAGGAAAAAACAAAUUAGGGGACAAGCAGCAAGCAGUCGGCUGCACUCUGGAAUGUGAAAGGAGUGGCUGGACUCUGUGACUCCCGGCAAACUCCACAGCCUCUAGUUGUCUUCUUAGGAAGCUUGGAAGCAAUCAAGAAUGGUCGAACAUCAAGAUGUCUACCACAGGGCCCUCUACGAAAGCAGCCUCGGGGACUCUGGCCUUUCCUUGAGACCUGCAUCUCUUCCCUUCUUCAUCGCCUGCUAGUGAACUAAGGCUGCCGCUAACCUUCUUCAUCCUUUGGUGGCAAAGAAGAAAGAUUCCAGAAUUAACUUAGACCUUUCUAAAGACCUGGGUUCAGUGGCAGCUGGCAUUGACUGAGCACCCGCUAUGUGCCAGGCACUGUGCUGGACGCAUUGUAAGGACUGUCUUACUUAUUCCCCACAGCAGCCCUCAGAGGGGAUGCUGUUACCCCCUUUUUACAGAUAAGAAAACUGAAGCUCAGAGAGGGAACUGCCUUCCCCAAGGUCACCCAGGUACAAGUAACAAAGCCUGUGCUUCUAACACCAAAGACCACUUCCCGCUGACCCUGUGCCAGGCUUGCGAGUUUCUCUGGGCCUCCAUUCCCUCCUGUAGGAAAUUGGAGGGGUUGGAGUGGCUCCAGUGAGCUCUCCCCUUCCUGAAACUCAUACUAAUCUGGGGCAACCAAAGCUUAGCCCCCCCAGCCUGUGAACCUCUCACAGUGCCCAUAGCCAUGCCCUCCUCCAUCCAGGGGCUGACAGGUGGGAGGGGUAGCCCCACCCCAGGGAGUGGACUUACCUGGCCUCUCU